CCCCCUUUCUACACAUUCGUCUAGUUCUUGGAAUGCCAUUGGUUGACUAUGGAAGCUCAUCGGACGAAGAUGAGAGACCAGUCUCUCAACCAAAUGUCAAGAGCGAUGGAAACGAUGCAAAUCGCAAGGGAGUUAAGCGCUCAUUGCAGAAUGAGAGCGAGGUUGCUUCACACAAAAGACCCAAGGCUCUUCCUCCACUUCCAGUAUCUUUAACUAAUCUUUUCAAAGACAGAGAGCGUCAACCUGACAACCCUGAAAGACAUCAAGGAAGAAUUAGAAAUCGUGCACACAUUGAUGGUUCUUGGCCUGUUCAUGUCUAUCUGGAGGUUAAGCUAUCAAGCGAGCUCUUUGAUAUCGUAAAAACUUUGACUAAAAGAGCACGGGAAAUGGCCCCAAACACCGUUUCGUUACUUCAGUCAUUGGAAUCAGUUAAAGACUCGAAAGCAAUACCAAUAGAAGCAGAAACAGCGGCGGAUGCGACUGAGUUACAUAUCAGCCUAACUAGACCUCUAUAUCUACAGGAGCUACACCUUGGCGGAUUCAUGUCAGAUAUCCGAACAGCCUUUAAGAAUAAGAAAAGGUUUAGUUUGUCAUUCUCGGGUGUCCAAAGCUUCGCGAAUGAUGAGAAAACAAGGUCGUUCUUGAGUUUACGAGUGGGAUCAGGGCAUGCAGAGUUGGUAUUGUACCGAGUAGAUAGAAAAUCUUGUGGCAGAGAUGGAUACCAUUGUGCAACGAUACUCACAACCCAGAUUUUAUGACGACCCUGAGCUUCACGCCAGCUUUGCAUGGGCUGUAGGUGGC